UGGUCACACUGCGGAAGGUGAGGUCAGGUGGUAUUCGGGAUGCAGAGUUUCAGGUCCGGCGGCGCAUCCCUGUCACCGGCAUGACGUGGGUUUUGAUUCUUGACGUCCCGGAAGCAACGUAGGCGGCUCCCCGGCUGGCGGCGGAUGUUGACAGAGGCGGAUUAACGAGUUUUUGGGGCGGAGGAGGGGCGGCAUUUGUGACGGAGCCGGUUUCAAGCGUUUUGUGGUUCUGAAGCGGGGCUAACGUUUAGCUUGGGCGCGAACGACAGACACCGAAUGUCCAAUGAGAGUUCGAGCCCGGAAAAGGACUUGAAGCCGAACCGCACGCUUCGAAAGAACGCCACUUUGAUGGUCAACGCGUCUGCCUGGUGUCGGUCAAGCUUGUGAAGCCAAGGGUGGUGUGUUCUGGAGACGAAGGCGCGACGGCACUCUGCGUCGCUGGAUAUUUGUGGACGAUGGGGACUCAAGGAGCCGGCAGAAAGAGGCUGCCCAACCUGGAGAAGCUGACCGCAGAGGACGAUGCUCUCAACCAGAUCGCCCGGGAGGCAGAAGCACGCUUGGCGGCGAGGCGAACGGCGAGGGCGGAGGCCCGAGAGAUUCGGAUGAAGGAGCUGGAGAAGCAACACAAAGAGAGGUAUUAUGGUCUGGAUUAUAAAUGGGGUUAUAUUGAGCAGUGGAUGGAGGACGGCGAGCGCUAUUCCCGCCACGCGCGGAGACUCGCUUCGCUGUCGGAUGAUGAAGAGCGGAUGUCCGUGGGGAGUCGAGGCAGUCUGAAGCCGUCAGAUUACAGCUCAUUUCUCGGUUCUGGCUCCCGGGCGUCCUCCAGAGCGAGUUCGGCUCGUGCGAGCCCCGUGGUGGAGGAGAGACCGGACAGAGACUUCCUGGAUAGAGGCUCCAGAACAGCGCUGAACCUUUCUGCAGCCACUCUAUCUUCCCUGGGUGGAGCGUCAUCCCGCAGAGGAAGCUGCGACACGUCGGUCUCCGUCGAGAUGGAGGCGUCAAUCAGGGAGAUGAAGGACUCGGUGGCAGAAGCGGAGGAAAAGUACCGCCGAGCCAUGGUUUCAAAUGCUCAGCUGCACAACGACAAGUCGACUUUAAUGUAUCAGGUGGAAACGCUGCGGGAGGAACUGAGCGACAUGGAGGAGCUGCUUUGGGAGGCGCGACGGCACGCCGAUGAGCGCACAAAGGCAUACGAACGUGAGCGCGACAGUCACGUUGUCCUCCAGUUCCAGUUUAAAGAGAUGAAAGAGACCAUGAGACGAAGUGAAGACCUGCUGAUGGAAGUGUCAAAGUUACGAGAACAAACGCACGCUUACUCUCAGGAGGUGUCUGACUUGCAGGAGGCUCUGCAGUGGAAGGAAAGGAAGAUUGCGGCAUUAGAGCGUCAGAGGGAAAUCUCUGACGUCAUUCAAAUCGAGCGCGACCAGCUGAGAGUUGAGGUGCUCAGCCUCCGAGAUGUUGUCAAGAAAUACGGUGAGGUCAUUUCUCCCGAGGUCGCAACCGACGGGGGGCCGAGAUUGGACGGCGCUAAGGAUGAAGUCGGCGAGAGCGUUGCAUCCCUGUUGGCGAACGAAGUCCCUGCGAGCGGAGAGAGCAUGCUGGGCACCGGUGGAGACAUGACAUCUCGCCAUUGCCAGAUAAAUAAACCCCCACAGGCGCUCGGCUUCAGCUCGGCUGACAGGCACUCGCGGGCUUCGCUCGUGAGCCGAGAGGCCCGUGCGGGAAGACAAACAAAUCGGAUGAGGACGUUGCCCGCCCGACUCGGACGAAGCUGCGUGCCCGCGAACGGAGCGAUCGCAAGACGAGCAGCGACGCAAAGUGGAAACUCUGUCCCUGAAUUGACUUUUACACCCAAAGUCAAGUCGUCUUUCGGGUCGCUGAAAAAUGCCCAACCGUCCUCCAAACGGCGCAACGGUCCGUCAAAAUGGAAAAAGUCCAUCUCUGGUGUUUGUCGAACUUCCGUUGGAAAGGUCCACAAAUCAGGUCCGUCUGCCUCGGACUUGAUCUUGGACCAAAAGAACAUCAGAUCCGGGAACUCGGCUGAGCGGCAGAAGACGGAUCACAUUACCUUGAAGCAAGCUGACUUUCACCGCUCGCCAGGCCAGGCUGAACCACCUUGCUCGGCCAGUCUCACACGAGACUUUGAGGAUUGUCCUGCAACCACGGAGCAAAAAGCCGUUACAAAUGUCUCAGAGAAAUACGAAACGCCGCACGAAGAAACGGAUCAUCCAAACAUGACUGACUUUGUUUUUGUGGAAUCGUCCUUUGGUCAGGACGCCCUUUCUCCCGAAGACUUCCUGCCAAAGUGGCCAGGAUCUUCGCCCACCGCUGCCGGUUGCAAGUUCAGAAGCUUUGUUGAGGAACUCAAGGUCAUGGCGGCUCCCGAAUGGCUGCUGCUGAAACUCCCGGAAGGAAAACUCUUUGAGGAGCGACCCUCCGGCCACAUUCUGGAGACUAAUGUGCAAGCCGGCCACGAGCCUUCCGUGGCCGACGUGGACAGUUGUGAGGAAGUCCACGAGGAGAUGGAGCAAUAAUCACCUGCGAACGGAAGGAAAAUCGUGCUGGGGCAAGUUCGUUUUGGUGAUCGGCUCAGUCCAGGAUGCGGACCUAAACUACCUUUUUGCCUUCAACGGAAGUCUUGGCUGUCACCGUUUAGAAUGUCAAAGCAACGUGUAAUGGAUUGAUGGACCGUUUUGGUCCGUUUCGUCAUUUCAAGUGGCCAUCUUUCGCUUUUUCCGGUAUGCCGCCCUCAGAGGCAAACGUUUGAGCCCCUCUCCUCAAGUCUUUGGGGGUGAAUAUGACUUUGUCGGCUCGUCCGUCCGUAUGUGCCCUGUUUUUGACCGGUGACCAGUCCAGGUUGUAAGUCGGCCCCCCAAAGCCAGCUGGGAUGGGCUCCAGUUGAUUCAGGAGCGAUGUUUGUGUUGUUGAAUUUUUCCGAAUGAGAAUCAAUAAACGAUUUCUGUUGAAUUGAGCUCAACGUAUUCAUUACAAGAUUGCUGCCGUGUUCUGCAUUUUCUCAACAGCGAUGGCGCAGCAUUUCUCACGGGUAAGAAAUCGUUUAAAAAAAAAAAAACGGAAACGCUCCGCUGAUCGGAAUGUGUGAACAAUCACGGAUUUCCCCCAAUCAAACCACCAAUCGUUUGAUCUUAUCACGGUACUACAAUUCAAAAAAUGUAAUUCAAACUUAAAAAAUUAAUUAAAAAAUCUGGUUGUAAUUAAAAAUCAUUUGAUCAUGACGUGAUUUAACAAAUAAGCUUGUCGGGAGGCUGUUGCAGUGAGUAACUGGACGUUCACUC